AUGUCCACUGAUUCAUUCAAGAAGAGAACCUUGCUAGCCGUUCUUGCGGACGAGGACACCGUCACCGGUUUAUUGUUGGCGGGUGUUGGCCAGAUUACCACAACCCCAGGCAAGGAGAAGAACUUCUUGACCAUCGACGCAAAGGUCACUGACGAGGAAAUCGAGGCUGCGUUUGAGCAGUUCACCACUAGAGACGACAUUGCCAUCUUGUUGAUCAACCAGCACAUUGCCGAGCGAAUUAGAUGGAAGGUUGACGCCUUCACAGCGGCGUUCCCAGCCAUCUUGGAGAUUCCGUCCAAGGACCAUCCGUACGACCCAGAAAAGGACUCCAUUUUGAGAAGAGUCAGAAGAUUGUUCGGGGAAUAA